GCAGCAGUUCAGUGUUCAGUGUUCACUUGCCCAGAUUGUGCCUUGGAGACGGAUAAAAGAGGAGUUUGCCCUGCUGGUGGGUCACUCGACACGGAUAUGGACGCCCAGGAUUCUCCACAUGGGAAUAUGGGGCUGUUAAGGACCUUUGACUCCUCCAUGUUUGACAGCUGGGAGAAAAUAGGCUCAGGUGGAUUUGGACAAGUAUACAAAGUCAGGCACGUACAGUGGAAAACAUGGCUGGCUAUCAAGUGCCCUCCCUGCCUUCAUAUGGAUGACAAGGACCGUUCAGAGCUACUGGAGGAGGCUAAGAAGAUGGAGGCAGCCAAGUUCCGCUACAUCCUGCCUGUGUACGGGAUCUGUGCGGACCCCCAGGGCCUGGUCAUGGAGUACAUGGAGACGGGCUCCCUGGAGACCCUGCUGGCCACCGAGCCGCUGCCCUGGGAGCUGCGCUUCCGCAUCAUCCACGAGACGGCGGUGGGGAUGAACUUCCUGCACUGCAUGAACCCCCCCCUGCUCCACCUGGACCUGAAGCCGGCCAACAUCCUGCUGGACGCUCACUAUCACGUCAAGAUAUCUGAUUUUGGCCUGGCCCGCUGGAACGGCCUGUCUCGGGCUGAUGACAUCAGCAGAGACGGCUUCUGCGGCACCAUUGCCUACCUGCCGCCUGAGAGCAUCAUUGAGAAGGACAGAGCGUCGGACACCAAGCAUGAUGUAUACAGUUUCUCCAUAGUCAUCUGGGGGAUUCUCACACAGAAGAAACCCUACCAAGGUGAGAACAAUAUCCUUCAGAUCAUGGUGAAGGUUGUGAAGGGGGUGCGUCCGGACCUGGCUGCUGUGCCGCGCUGCCGGCCCUCGGCCUGCACUGGGUUCCUGAGCCUCAUGCAGCGCUGCUGGACCACAAACCCGGACGCCAGACCCAGCUUCCAGGAAAUCACAUCUGAAGCUGAGGAUCUCUGCUCUAAACCUCAAGAGGAGACCAGGACACCAACCCCGUCAACAUCAGAGCCAGAGCCCAAGACCCCCAACGCUCUCACCAGUGACCAGGUUAAAGACAACAAGAUGGUGCGUCCAAAGUCAGCCAUGUUGCCGGAAAAAGAUUACAGCCUGUCGGAGCUGUUGAGCCAGGUGGAUUCUGGGAUCUCGAGGAGCUUUGAUCGACUAAAGGAGGAAGGUUGCCACAGCAAGGAGAACACAUGCAAGAGGCUGUCUGGCAUCUCGUCAGCUGAUUCAGCCUUCUCCUCCCAAGACUCCAUCACGCUGUCUUUUGAGAAAGAAAACACAUGUGAUUCUGCUGAGGUCCAGAGGCGUAAGCUGUGUGAGGCCAUCAGGACCAAAGACACUGCCAAGCUGAUGAAGAUCCUCCAGCCUCAGGAUGUGGAUCUUACCCUAGAGGGAGGAGGCAGUCUGCUCCACCACGCCGUCACUCUGGGCAAUGAGGAGGCCAUCAAGUUCCUCCUCCUGAACAAUGCCAAUCCCAACUUUGCAAAUGCUCGUGGCUCCACCCCCCUGCACCUGGCCACAGAGAAGCACCUGAAGUCCCUGGCAGAACUUCUGCUUGGUCGGCGCAGUACCAACAUUAAUGCCAAGGAUGAGGACCAGUACACAGCGCUGCACUGGGCUGCCCAGAUCGGGGACGAGGCCAUCACACGGCUGCUGCUGGACCGGGGGGCGGCCAUCAACGAGACCGAUGGCCAGGGACGCACGCCGGCUCAUGUGGCAUGCCAGCACGGCCAGGAGAACGUCAUCCGGGUGCUGCUGAGCAGGGGGGUUGAUGUACGGAUCAGGGGUAAGGACAACUGGACGGCACUCCACUUUGCUUCCUGGCAAGGACAUCUUGGCAUCGUCAAGCUGCUGGUCAAGCAGGCCGGCAGCGACGUGAACGGGCAGACCACAGACGGCCGCACUCCGCUGCAUCUGGCUUCCUACAGGGGCCAUUACCGGGUAGCACGGAUCCUUAUUGAACUAGGAGCGGACAUCCAUAUGACGUCCGCUGGGUUAAAUGCUCCCCUGCACGUGGCGGCAGAGACAGGUCACACCAGCACCUCCCGCCUCCUGAUCAAACACAAGGCAGAUAUUCUCGCACACAACGCCCACGGACACACUCCUCUCCACCUCGCCUCACAGCGAGGACAUCUGGCCACAGUCAAGAUGUUGAUAGAAGAGGGGGCGGACCCCGAGAGUUCCAACCAGGCCCUACGCACUCCCUGCCACCUGGCAGCCGAGAACGGACACUGUGAAGUCCUGAAAGAGCUGCUCCUCCACUGUCCAGAUGGUGGCGCUGUGCUGGACGAGCAGGGCCUCAGUCCGUUACACCUGGCAGUACAGGGGGGGUACUCAAACAUCAUCACAAUGCUGCUGCCCCAGGACAGCCAGGACCUGGUUGCUACGAGCCCAGUGCAGGCAGCAGCUGAUCCGCCCGCUCCUCUGGAGGUGAAGCUGCCUCAGAGGAAGGUCGUCAUCCUCAAACUGACGGAGCACAAAGACUGCCCACAGCCCAGCAGCUCACAGUGUGCCUCCGCCCCCUGCUAACAAGAGCAGAGGCCCUGCCUGUACAGAACUCUCUUCCAUGUCAUUUUUAUACUUUUUAAGAACGUUUUUGGGACUUUAAAGCCUUUUCAGCACUGUAGGUUAUCCUUAUGGCCAGAAAAGCUUGAAUGUAAAUAUGUACACUGUGAAUAGAAAGCAUAAAAAACAUUUUGUGUUUGGAUUUUAACUUUUUUACUUAACAAGCUAAUUUUUUUACUUUACCAGCAUCAGCAUCAGAGUUAUGAUUAGGAAAACCAUGAGCUUGAUAGAGGGUUUCACUGAACCGUACUGCAGCUGGUAUGCCUGUAAAUCUUAUUUAAGAGAUCACAAACAUCGCUCACAAGCUUUACUAGGGGUAUGCUGUAGAUCAUCAGAGCCAUUGCAUUAAUGAAAAACAUUAUUUCAGUGUUCUUAACCUGUUAUAUAUCAGUGCUGGAUCAUCCAUUAAAACAUUGGAAACCUUAA